AGUGCUCGUCUCUCCACACCUGCAGUGUGUGAGGUGGAGGUGAAAAUGUGCUGUGCUGCGUUUCUGUCCUUGGGCUGGCUCAUGCUGGUGUUGGCUGAGGGUAAACUGGACUACAUUUCCAAGGGAGAAGGAUUACAGCUACAGGGUGACUUCUCCAUCGCCGGGCUCUUUCCUCUCCAUUACACAGAUGCCCCGACCUCCGGUAUGCCUGCCUUGGGAUCCUGUAGCAAAGGCAGACAAAACAAACAUGGUUACCACCUUAUGCAAGCCAUGAGAUUUGCUGUGGAAGAAAUCAACAACGGCAGUGGAAGUCAGCCUCUCUUGCCAGGAGUGGAGCUGGGCUACCAGAUCUACGACAUCUGCUCGGUGCCGGCCAGCGUCCUGGCCACCCUGGACCUGCUGGACCAGCAGCAGCAGCAGCAGCAGGGAGCGUCUGCGGCCGGGACGGAGGGAGACAUGAGCCCAGUGUCCAGCUCCAGCCUGGGGCAAAGGGCGGUGGCUGUCAUCGGGCCGGACAGCAGCAGCAAAUCAUUCACUCCUGCUGCGUUGCUAGGAGCCUAUCUGGUGCCACAAAUCUCUUAUGAAGCAUCAAAUGAGAUGCUGAGCAACAAGUUCCUCUACCCGUCCUUCUUCCGCACUAUUCCAAGUGACAAGAACCAGGUGACGGCCAUGAUCCAGCUCCUGGUUCGCUUCAAGUGGACGUGGAUCGCCCUCUUGGGCAGUGACAACUCCUACGGCCUGCAGGGGAUGCAGAGCCUGUCCCAGCAAGCGGUGCACCACGACAUCUGCAUCGCCUACCAAGGGGUCAUCCCCAAACUCACGGAGGACACCGUCCAGGUUAUGAGGAACAUGGUGGAAAACAUUCUGACCACCAAUGUAAACACCAUCGUUGUUUUCUCCAGCAAGUCAAAACUCAGCGGCUUCUUCCCGUAUGUGGUUGAACGGAACGUGACAGGUAAGGUGUGGAUCGGGACGGAGGACUGGUCAGUGGCUUCUCUCAUAUCAGGGAUACCUGGCAUCCACACCAUUGGCACUGUCCUGGGUGUGUCCGUCAAAUAUGCAGCCAUACCUGGUUUUGAGGACUUUGAGAGAAAAUCACUUGAAAUUUUAGAGCAAGAUAGCGGACCAAAUUUGCAGGAAUCCUCAAAUGGGACCACGGGUGCUUCCUGUCUGCAAAGCGCCGAUCUUUACAGCUUUGCAAAGAACAGCUACUCUUUGGAGAAGUAUGAUAUCACCUCCUCUUUCAAUGUGUACAAGGCGGUGUAUGCUGUGGCUCAUGCCCUGCACCAUGCGCUUGAGUGUGACUCUGGAAAAUGCCAGAAGAGGACGAUACAUCCCUGGCAGCUCCUGCCGUUGCUUAAGCAGGUGAGAUUCACCCUCGGGAACACAUCUGUGUACUUUGACAGUAACGGAGACCCGCCCACAGGAUACGACAUCGUGACCUGGGUUUGGAGGGGGACAGACUGGUCUCUCAGGGUGGUCGGCUCCUUCAGUCCAGAUCCCACCGAGCUCACACUCGAUGCUGCUCUGAUUAAGUGGCCAGACGCUUCAAAAUCAGUGCCGCUGUCCAUCUGCUCUCCAGAUUGCCCUGCAGGCCACAGGAAGCUGCAGACUGGGCAGCACAAAUGCUGCUUCGAGUGCUUGGCGUGCCCUGCUGCCACGUUCCUCAACAAAAGUGGAUACACCUCCUGCCAGCCGUGUCCAGAGGAGAAGUGGGCUCCCCCUGUCAGCGAGCAGUGUCUGAACAGGACCGUCCUGUUGCUGCCCUGGGACGCCCCCCUCGCCGUGGCUCUGCUCCUCCUCCUGGCCCUGUGUCUCCUCAUGACCUCCGGCUGCGCUCUGAUCCUGCUGCUCAACCUGAACACCCCAGUGGCCAAAUCAGCCGGCGGGCGCACCUGCCUCCUGAUGCUGGCAGCCCUGACCGCUGCUGCUGCUAGCUCUUUGUGCCAUUUUGGCCAGCCGUCCGGGCCAGCCUGCAUCCUCAAACACCCUCUGUUUAUCUUCAGCUUCAGUGUGUGCCUGGCUUGUAUAACCGUGCGCUCCUUCCAGGUCGUCUGCAUUUUUAAGCUGGCGUCAAAGCUGCCACAGGCUUAUGACACAUGGGCCAAGAACCACGGGCCGGAGUUCACUAUUUUCCUGGUGUCCGUCACCAUCUUGUUCAUCUCUGUGGUGCGUGUGGCCUUGAACCCCCCUCAGCCGUCGCAGGAUCUUGGCUUCUACCACGACAGCAUUGUGCUGGAGUGCAGCAACACCCUCUCCCCUGGCGCAGGGCUCGAGCUCGUUUACGUCUCGCUGCUCACCAUGCUCUGCUUCUCUUUCAGCUACAUGGGCAAAGACCUGCCAGCCAACUACAACGAGGCCAAGUGUGUCACCUUCAGCCUCAUGGUCUACAUGAUCUCCUGGAUGAGCUUCUUCACCGUCUACCUCAUUAGCAGAGGCCCGUUCACCACCGCCGCGCAUGUGCUGGCCAUUCUGUCCAGCGUUCUGGCCUUUCUCGGCGGCUACUUUCUGCCCAAGGUUUAUAUUAUUGUCCUAAAACCGCAGAUGAACACAACAGCCCAUUUCCAAAACUGUAUUCAAAUGUACACCAUGAGCAAACAAUAAAAGAAAUUUUAGUGGAAA